GAAAUGGUGAAUCACAUUUCACCGCCGGCCUCUCCAAUCUAGGAGGAAUUGAAACUCGGUCAUUGACUUGGAUCAUAAUUCAUAAUAUUUCCACCCCAAAAUCACAACACAACUCAACUCAAAUUGGUGAACCUCAAUUUAUUGCAACCUUACCCUACUAUCUUUGUCUUCUUCUUCAUCAACACCACCACCAUUUGCGAACUCACGACUCACUUUUCUCUCUUUCUCAUACCUCCAUUAAAACAACCACUACUGCUCAAGCUCAAUAACAUACCCCACUCGCUCACUCUCUCCAAUUCAUUCAUGUUUUCCGGCGAUUCCUCAGCCUGCUUUCCAUAUUGGCCGCCUGCAAAUUAAUGGUUUUACAUUCGGCCACAAACACCUCACCUAUUCGCUGUGAUUUCUCACAGAGAAAACCCCAAUUGCCUCUUCUAGGUUUAUGCCCUUGCGCUUCAGAUUCUCACCUUUUCCGGAGGACAAGCGUAGUCGUUAAAAAUGUAGGAUGGGCUCUGUUUCAAGCCCAAUCCUGCAUCAAUGGCGGAAACCCCCCGCACCAAUUCGGCGGCGCCGCAGCAGCCGCGGGUAGGGGCGCCAAAAACAUAGUGCUGAAGCGGUUUUCAGAUGAGGAGGAGGAGUUAAACCGCCCCUCUACAUCUGAUUCGAGUAUUAACGCUGGUAACUAUUACAGCACAAGUUUUGGGGAGGACCCUAUUGUAAAUAAGCUGAGGAGUCAGCUCGGGGUCAUCCAUCCAAUUCCAUCUCCGCCCAUCAAUCGCAGUGUUUUCGGCCUUUUCGCUUUGUUCUUUUUCGUGGGUGUUGUAUUCGACAAGGUCUGGACUUGGAGGAAGACGGAUGAGAGAAGUGGCGGCAGUAAGCCCGGGAGCCGGCAGAAGGUGCCAACGGGGCUGUCGUUGUUCCUCGAGAAGGACUUGCAGAGGAAGGAGUCGGUGGAAUGGGUGAAUAUGGUGUUGGGGAAGCUGUGGAAGGUUUAUAGGGGUGGGCUUGAGAAUUGGCUGAUUGGAUUGCUGCAGCCUGUCAUUGACAAUCUGAAGAAGCCUGAUUAUGUGCAGAGGGUGGAGAUCAAGCAGUUCUCUUUGGGGGAUGAGCCCUUGUCUGUUAGGAGCGUCGAGCGCAGAACUUCACGCCGUGCUAAUGACUUGCAAUACCAGAUAGGCCUCCGGUACACUGGUGGUGCACGUAUGCUUCUACUUUUGUCACUUAACUUUGGCAUCCUUCCCAUUGUUGUGCCUGUUGGUGUGCGAGACUUUGACAUUGAUGGGGAACUAUGGGUUAAACUGCGACUUAUACCAACAGAGCCAUGGGUUGGAGCUGUAUCAUGGGCUUUUGUCUCUCUUCCGAAGAUAAAGUUUGAGUUAUCACCAUUUCGCUUGUUUAAUUUAAUGGCAAUACCAGUACUUUCAAUGUUUUUGACAAAACUUCUCACUGAGGACUUACCAAAGCUAUUUGUUCGUCCCAAUAAGAUUGUUCUAGAUUUUCAGAAGGGAAAGGCUGUUGGACCUGUUCCGAAGGACUCCAAAUCUGGAGAAACUCAAGAGGGUAACAGUAACUUCGCAGGAGAAUUGUCCGUGACGCUUCUGGAUGCUCGAAAACUUAAUUAUGUAUUCUAUGGCAAAACAGAUCCAUAUGUUAUUUUAAGAUUGGGAGAUCAAGUUGUACGCAGUAAAAGAAACAGCCAAACUACAGUCAUUGGGCCUCCUGGUGAGCCAAUCUGGAAUCAAGAUUUUGAUAUGUUAGUUUCCGACCCUAAGAAGAAUAAAUUAUCAAUUGAAGUAAAGGAUUCUCUUGGAUUCACAGACCUGACUGUAGGUACAGCAGAGAUUGAUCUUGGAUCUCUGAAAGAUACAGUUCCUGCAGACAGGAUAGUUGUACUUCGAGGAGGUUGGACUCCAUUUGGAAAUGGAUCAGUUGGAGAAAUUCUGCUGCGUUUGACAUACAAAGCAUAUGUUGAGGAUGAAGAAGAUGAAAGGUCUGACAAAGUACUUGCAAACACAGAGGCAUCCAAGGAUGACUUGUCUGAUUCUGAUGAAUCGGACAUUGCAAUUCCUGAGAAACGUGCAGAGGAAUACGUAAUUGCACCAGAUAACGACUCUUUCAUGAAUGUUCUAGCAGCUCUAUUAGUAAGUGAGGAGUUCCGAGGUAUAGUAGCAUCAGAUACCACAAAUAACAAGCCUCCAGAUGAUGGAGCCACCAACGGUGUCUCCGAACCAAACAACGGCACUUCUGUCUCUGGACAGCAAGCUCCGGCUAAUGACUCUGGUGGUUCUCAAGGAUCAACUUUAUUCUGGCUUGCCAUUGUUACAAGUAUCACAGUCCUUAUAGCGUUGAACAUGGGCACCUCGGGUUUGUUCAAUCCUUGAUGCGAGUGGCACAUCGGUUUUGUAAAUUUUCUGUGAGGGGUUGUGGAGAUUGAAUAAGGCGGAGAAGGGCGACGAAAGGUGGCAGAGAAGGAGAAGGAGAAGAGUAGAAGUCCUUUUGGUGAAUCUAUUGUUGUUGGGUAGAGCAAUGUUUUUCCGGCGUUAUAUUCUUUUGUCCAUCCAAAUAUAAGGAGUAUAGCUUAGGCAAUGGACAUGGACACUUUAUAUCCACUGAUUAAUUGUCUGUAGAUAGCAACCACAUAACAAAUAAUGCAUGCAAAAUAGCUCAAACCACUGUUCCAAAGAGCUGCAAUUUUUUUUAUAUACUUUAUCCUCUCUAA